AUGCUUGGUCACCCCACGGAUAAGGGGUCUCUUGCCCUCAUCUUGUUCUGGGAAGAAGUUCUUUCUUUUCUGAUCGACUUUUUCAAAUAUGUGAUCAUUGCCUCUUGUAUGUGGGAAUCCACGCUUUUCAUGACUUUUUUCCAAAUCGAGUCUUUGAAUUGGGCUUACAAAUUUGCGUGCGAGAGAUACAUUUUGCUGAAGGUUAUCGGAAAGGGAUCAAUUGGGAAGGUCUUCCUGUCCUGGGACACCUCAACGUCUACUUUAGUCGCCAUUAAAUCCACACACAAACGCUCAAUUAAGAAUUUUAAAGAAUUGGAGCACUCCCAUUCGGAAAGGCAAAUCCUUGUUGAGUGCUCGAAAAAUGAAAAUUUAUUUGUUAUUCAGCUGCUUUCGUCGUUCCAAAACAGCACAGAGCUGUUUUAUGUUUUCCCGUAUUAUUCUGGCGGCGAUCUUGCCACGCUUUUGUCCAAAAAUAGGCUUCUACCAGAAAAUAUGGUCAAGUUUUUUGCUGCCCAAAUUGUUCUGGGGCUGGAAUAUCUCCACUCAAAGCGAAUCAUUUAUCGCGAUUUGAAGCCCGAAAACAUCUUAUUGGACGACAAGGGUAGCGGUUUCCAUUUGUCUAUUUGCUUUAGGAUUUCUUGUGCUCGCCGACUUUGGGCUAUCCAAGGCCGUUGA